UACAUGACAGAAAUCUGUCAAUAACUGCCCGGAGAGAAAGGGAAUGGAACGCUAUCAUUGAAAUGCAUGGCGAACAGUUUGGACCAUCGUUUGGACGAUUGACCAUAUUCAUUAUUUUAUUCCGUAAGCUACUAACUUCAUCGAUUGUGACUCGUAUCUAUAAUUCAAAAACGUUAAAGCAUGGAGAGGAAAGUUGUGGCCGCUCUCUAGUGUCAGAAGUUAGCUAGCAGCCAAGCUAGCUAGCCCACUUAGCCCGGCUGUACAGUCACCUGAUCUGACAAGCUACUGAUAGCAUCAGUCUUUUUGGUAGCGGAGUUUGGUCCGCAGUGGUUCCCUCGUCCUCCAGCGGGGUGUUGUUAUUGGUGAAGUGAGGACAGUUCGGCUCGUCCAGAUAUCUUGUCAUGGAGGACCCAUUUGACAGUGAGCGAGCGUCCCUGCCCAGGAACAUGAUAGAGAACAGUAUGUUUGAGGAGGAACCUGACGUAGUGGACCUGGCCAAAGACUCUACAGCCUUCCCGGAGUUCCCGGCGUUGGACCCAGAUGAGGUGGUGUACGAGCCCCGUAGCUCCCGUCUGCUGGUGCGAGGUCUGGGAGAGAACGACCUGGACGAUGAGGAGGAGGACUAUGAGUCGUCAGCCCGUCUACUGGGCAUGUCCUUCAUGAACAGAAGCUCCACCCGCAGUCCUAGCGCCUCCCCUUACAUCAGACAGGCUCCACCCAGGUCAUGUUCCCGCCCCUCUGCCCGUAUGCUGGUGGUGGGCGUGUUCAUCUUGGUACUGGUCACGUCCAUGGUGAUGGUUCUCUAUUUCCUGCCUGGCUGUACCUUCACUAAGACUGGCUGUCCUAAGGCAAACUCCUCCACUCCUAUGGAGCUGGUCUAUCCAAAAAGCACCAAUGGGGAGCUGUUUCCUUGGAAUGAGCUCCGCCUCCCAGCCAGUGUACGACCUGUAAACUACGACCUCUCCCUGACCCCUAACCUGACUUCCAUGACCUUCACCGGCCGCACCAUCAUCAACAUGAUUAUACAACACAACACCAAGCGUGUCGUUUUGCACAGCUCCGAGAUCAAUAUCAUCAAGGCAACCUUUCAGGUUGGAGAGGGUAAGAGUUUUGAGGUGAAGGUGUUGGAGUAUAAACCAUGGCAGCAGAUAGCUGUCAGCUUCCCAGGGGAUCUGAAGGAAGGCCAGGUGUGUGUGUUAACAUUGGACUACACAGCCAUCCUUUCACACACCUACGACGGCUUCUAUAACAGCUCCUACAAUGACAAGACUGGAGCCAAGAGGGUCCUAGCUGCCACCCAGUUUGAGCCCCAGGCAGCCAGAAAGGCCUUCCCCUGUUUUGACGAGCCGGCCUUUAAAGCCACUUUCCUCGUCAGGAUCACCAGAGAACCUGAAUACAUCGCUCUGUCCAACAUGCCCAAGGCUAAGACGACUACGUUACCCAGCGGCAUGCUGGAGGAUGAGUUUGAGCAGACUAGUGUUAAUAUGAGCACCUACCUGGUGGCCUUCAUUGUAGCCAACUUCACCAGCAUCACUAGAAAUGUGUCCAAUACACUGGUGUCUGUGUACUCUGUGCCAGAGAAGAAGGAACACACAAAAUAUGCUCUGGACACCGCGUCCAGGUUGCUGCAGUUCUACAAUACCGUAUUUGACAUCGACUACCCUCUGAGGAAACUGGACCUGGUUGCUAUCCCAGACUUCCUGGCGGGAGCGAUGGAGAACUGGGGUCUGAUCACCUUUAGAGAGACCAGCCUUUUGGUACAAAACCAGUCCUCUCUUCUCGACAAACAACUAAUCGCUAACGUCGUAGCCCACGAACUCGCUCACCAGUGGUUUGGGAACCUGGUGACGAUGCGCUGGUGGAAUGACCUGUGGCUCAGCGAGGGCUUCGCCACCUACUGGCAGUACGCAUCUCUAAUGACAGAGUUCCCACAGCUGUACCUAGGCAAUGUGUUCCUGGAGGAGCGGUUCAAGGCGAUGGCCAAAGAUUCUCUGAACUCCUCCCACCCAGUCUCAGUGUCGGCCCAGGUGAACACACCUGAACAGGUGUCUGAGAUGUUUGACUCGGUCACCUAUGAGAAGGGUGCGUCCCUCCUGCUGAUGUUGAACUCCACCCUGCCAGACGGCCAGUUCAGGAAGGGUCUCCUCGAGUACCUGCGUCAAUACAGAGGAUCUAACACUGUUACUGACGACCUCUGGAACUGCAUCACACGGGUAGCAGUGGUCCAAGUGCUUCCUCAGCAGGAGAGUGUGUCAGACAUGAUGAGAACAUGGACACUGCAGAAAGGCUUCCCAUUGGUUACCGUCAGCCGCAAGGGUGGUGAGGUGACCCUCACACAGGAACACUUCCUGCUCUCCACAGACAACACCACACACACCUCCAGCCUGUGGCACAUCCCUGUGACAUACGUGAAUGACAGCUGUAGCUCCGCCCCUUCCUGCAGACAGAUGUUCACUCUGAGGAAUAAGACAGCGACUCUGAAGGUGUCAGAGAGUGUUAAGUGGCUGAAGUUGAACUACAUGAACACGGGCUUCUAUAUAGUUCACUAUGGAGACGAGGGCUGGGCAGCUCUCAUAGACGCUCUAAAGACUGACGUCAGCACACUCACACCCCACGACCGCGCUUCGCUCAUACACAACAUCUUCUCCCUGUCCAGGCUGGGUCGUGUGUCCUUCCGUCAGGUUCUCAGCCUGUUGGACUAUACUACCAAUGAGACUGAGACUGCUCCUCUGACAGAGGCCCUAUCACAGCUCAGCUCUGUCUACAGACUACUGGACAAGAGACCGGAGCUAAGACUGGUGGCCCGCAUGAAGGCGUACAUCUUGGGUCAUUUUGGCCCUCUGAUGGACAGUCAGGACUGGGGAGUGGAGGAGAGCGUCUCCAGUCAGGAGCGGAGGUCAGCCCUUCUAGAGGUGGCAUGUAGUCUUGGACGGCAGAACUGUACUGACCAGGCCACGGCCCUCUACGAACAGUGGACCAACUCCAACCAAACCGAUCGCAUCCCAGGUGAUCUUCAGCGAGUGGUGUUUUCUGUAGCAGCCCAGUCUGACUCUGGUUGGCUGUCUCUGCUGGACACCUACAGACUCACCACUUACGACUCGGAGAAACGCAAGAUACUGCAGGCCCUCGCUUCCACACAGGACCCACGACGCAUCGUAUGGAUUCUGAGUACGGUGCUCGAGGGAGGGAUUAUCCACACCCAGGAGCUGCCACUGGUCAUCAGCACUGUGAGCGACGGCUUCGCUGGCCACUUGUUCGUCUGGGACUUUGUCAAAGAGAGCUGGGACAGGAUCAUAGAUAAGUUUCCAGUGGGGUCCUAUUCCAUCCAGAGCAUCGUCAAGUCCACCACCUCCCAGUUCUCUACUCAGACACACCUGGAGGAAGUCCAGGGUUUCUUCUCCAGUCUGAAGGAAAGGGGCUCUCGGAUGCGUAGCGUCCAGGAGGCUUUAGAGACCAUCAGACUGAACCAGCACUGGAUGGACAGGAACCUCGCAACACUUAGAGACUGGCUCUAACAUGGCCGCUGGGCAACUGUAGACCCCGACAACCCGCUCUGGGGACCUCAUAUUCCCCUUAUUGUUCCUACUUUUUAAAACUACUUUUUGCUAGGGGUGGGCACAGUUAAUCGAAUAUCCGGAUAUAUACGGACAGACUUGAGUGUUCAUUUUUGGAAGAAUCAAAAUUAGAAGCUUUUUUUUUUUUUUCAAUGGAAAAAGCUUUGUCUAAACUAAGCAAGGCAACAGUAAACAUGUUGUCCCCCACAAAUUAUGCAGAAAUCUAAAUGGCAGAAAAUCCAUCAUGGCGGGUCUUAUUGUCUUUGUGAGGAGAGGAACCUCUGUACCGAAUGUCAUGACAUUAGGUCAAACGGGUGAGGGGCGUGACCUUUCAUAGUUUGCAUUUUCAAUCUUGUUAUAGCGCCACCAACUGGCCAUAACUGUAAUUUUGUAAAUGCCGUAUCUCUAUGGCAAUACGCAUUAUUCACCCAAGUUUCAUCAAUCGGACCAGUGCUAUCUGAAAUAUUGGGUGUAAAGACAGAUCGGGGAGGACAAUUAUACUUUUUUUUUAUACAUUUUUACCUACAAGGAUAAAUAACUGCCAAAAUAAAGUACACACCAACAUAGUGUCUUAAUAGGGCGUUGGGACGCCAGAACGGCUUCAAUGCGCUUUGGCGUAGAUUAUACAAGUGUCUGGAACUCUAUUGGAGGGAAGCGACACCAUUCGUCUGUGAGAAAUUCUAUAAUUUGGGGUUUUGUUGAUGGUGGUGGAAAACACUCCUCAUGCAACGCUCCAGAAUCUCCCAUAAGUGUUCAAGAACGGGUGACUGAUCCACCCACCCACACUCUUUAAACCCCCUAUGCUCCUUUGACACCCCUCUUUCACAGUAACAGAUCUCUUUUAGCCAUGGUAGCCAAAAUAAUGUGCAACUGGGCAUUUUUAUACAUGACCCUAAGCAUGAUGGGAUGUUAAAUGCUUAAUUAACCCAGGAACCACACCUGCUUUUUAAUAUACUUUGAAUCCCUCAUUUACUCAAGUGUUUCCUUUGUGUUGGCAGUUACCUAUACCAUGACAUAUGAAAUUCUUAAUUUAAUAAAACAACAUUUUGAAAGUAGCUAGUUUUUAUAACGGUGUGUUGCGCUACUGCUGCACAUUUUAGGCCUCCAGGCUGCCCUGACAUCGGCAUGCUAAUUUUCCCAUUUCAAAUAGCGAUUUACAGGGACUCAUCUUACUGAGUUUUCACAAUACCUGACAGAUCAUUGAAAAACACUCGCCAGAAAACCUUUUUGUGACAGAAUCGGUUCCAUCUUGGUGAAAAUCAGACUUGCUGUUAGCCAACCUCCUGGAGGAAAGCAGCAUGUCUGCUGUUUACCUCUGCCAUGUGCAUUUUCCUCAUUCUGAUUGGUCGGCAGUCAAUAUCCGGAUAUCCGAAAAAGUAUCAUGAUAUAUUACUUGAAUAGUAAAGUAAUUUAAAAGGCCCAUCCCUACUUUUCGCAAUGAUCAGAAGUAGUGCACUUUACUGUAUAGGGAACAUGGUGUUAUUUUUAGGCUUGUCCUUUGAGUUUAUUUAGCUCAGGGUGAACUCAAAUUCCUCUCUAUGCUGUCGAGCAAACUUCCCCUACAGCUUUCACCACGACACCAUGCCUGGAUACAGCAGCCCGUCUCUCUUUCAAACUCGACGUACUUCACAUUGUAUGGAGGUAACUCGCCCCUUCCGCCACCACAUAGUGUAUGUGUAGCAGCCACCUGAGAAAUAAGGAAAGGGAAUACAGGAAGAGAACAUGCUGUGUGUCAUCAACGCUGGCCACGUGUCAUCAGUAUGGGUCACCUGUGAAACUCAUGGUGCAGUGACUAACUGCUCUCUCAGGCCCUUGCCCUGACACCAACCUCCUCAUGACUGUCCUACUGACUGUGAACAGUGGGGGAGAUGGGAGAAUGUCUGAAGGCCAGAGUUGGGCUACAGAGCUGAUACACAAUACUACCCAGGCUUCAGCCAGAACAUGUACGGCUACCAGUAACAUGGUGAAGGAACAUGAAAAUACCUUCUCACUGUUUAGAUGCUCCCAAAGUUCUACUGUGCCACAUUUCCACCACUAGGUGUUUUAUUUAGACCUCAAGAAGUAUUGGUUGGAUAGUGGGAACGUUGCUGAAACGUUGUUUGAUGAAUCUUGAAGCAUCUCCCCCCCCAGCACUCCCUGUGAGCACUUCUUCUGUUGAUGUAACUCUAUUUGUUACAUUUUGACAGUUAAAGGAAAACUCCACCCAAGAUUGAUCUUUUGGUAUUUAUUUCAUUAGUCCAUUGUUGAUCUGGUCCCAAAACCGCUUUUCUACUUUUCCUUUGCAUAUGAGGCGAUCUGUGUACAGAAUAUUUCACUCACAAUGCUUGUAAAGAUGUAAUUAUUAUUAUUACUCCUAUCUCUACCUUGCUUUUUGCUUGUCCUAUUUUGUGUGAGCAGAUCUCUCACAUGUUGUUUUAAGUUUGGUUUCUGUUGUGUGUGUGUGUGUGUGUAUAUAGUGUGUACAGUGUGAUACCACGUAGACAUAAGAGUCCCGAUCAAAUGGUUUUGUUUUUACUAAACAAUGACGUAUACUGAUUUAUAAUGUUGGCUCACUUCAAUGCCUCAUGUUGGAAAAUGGCAGGGUGAAUGUUGUGGUUAAUAUACAGGGUCGCCUGAUUAUGUCUCUGUCUUUUCCAUUAAAGGACUUGACAGUGAGGGACCCGACAGUGUUGUCUGUAGAGCUGGAUAGAGUCGUUUUCUAUGCCGUGUCUGUAGUCCAACAAAGUGUGGAUAAUCAGAAAGUAAUUUCACCAGUUUAAGUUCUGUGAUUGGUUAGCCUGGCUCAGUCAGGGCUAGGUUACGUUGUCUCGCUGUGUGUGAGGUUUAUGGUAUUCAGUUCUGUAUGGUAGCCUUGUUGUUGACGUAAUUGUUUCAGCCUCCCGGCUGGCUCUGUUAGAGUUCCCUGUAGGAACAGAUCUAGGGCCAGUUACCACCACCAAAGCCAAUGAAGACCCUGGAUCUGUGUUUAGGGGCAUCUUCAUGCUACCUCCUCUCUGCUACAGCAGCACUGGUCAACCACUGAAUGUCCCGAAGGAACUCUUCUAUUACAAAACAGCAUGACCAAUGACUGAGUGUCUAGCUAGCUCCUCUUCUAAUCUAAAGCCUCAGAUGUCUGUAUGUCUCUUGUUGGUACUGGCUCAUUUCUGAAGGAGGAUUCACUUCCCUGUCUCACUCUGAAUAUUAUGUCAUGUUGAAAACAUUGGAAAAACCAGGUCAUAUUGGUGGUUAUGAUAUUUAUUUUUUAUUUAACCCAUAUUUCACCAGGUAAGUUGACUGAGAACACGUUCUCAUUUACAGCAGGGACCUGAGGAAUAGUUACAGGGGAGAGGGGGGAUGAAUGAGCCAAUUGAUAGCACUAUGAAAUCAAAUAUGGUAGCUUUGGUACAGAAUUGUGAAUGAUAUUGUUGAUUUUUAGAUGUUAAUCAUUCACUCACUCACCAGAAAACAGCCUGUACUGUACCUCAGAGCUCAGGGAGAUGUGUUAGUAACUGUUAACUCUUCACUCAACCUACUGGCAUAAAGCCUACCUAACACUGCCACAAAGAUGGCAUGUUAUAUAACCAGUCAUCAUUACAGCUGAUGCAAUCUCAUGAAAAUGGCCUUUUCCACUACCAUAACUCAAACUAUUAUUUAGGUUUGUUAGAUUUUAUAUCAAGUUAAUUAGCCAAAGCCUACAUAAUGACUGCUUGUUUUCUAUGUCAGUCUUACGACAGUGUUAUAAUGCCUUAUGACAGACGGUUUAGGUGAAGUGUAUGAAGACCCAGAUGGAGGUGGCAUGAUGCUAUGUUAGUGUAUUCCUAUGCCAAGCUCACCUUGAGGUUGUUGCUCAUCAUUUAAAACUUUUUUUGCACUGGGGUUGAAUGAUGGUGAAAAAUGUAAGGCUCUUCAUGCCAUGAAAAAAUAUAUAUACAUGAAUAAAAUUGUUUUCUGGACUUUCA